CUUUCUUUUGGUGCAAGCCGAGCUGUCGCUGCAAGCGCAGCCUUCGCUUGGAGAAUCGUUGCCCUUCAUACUUUCUGAUUGGAUAGCAAGAUCCUGCCCCAAUCUCCCUUAGACCAAUCUAGGCAACGCCUGGGAAGCUCUUCUAGCCGGUCAAACGGGUCCACUUGGGACGUCAUGUCUUCUUGUCCAACACCUCACAGGCGCUGCACAUUUUCGUCCUUUCCAUGUGCAAACGGGCAUGCAAAGAUCCACAUUGAGCAGACGUCCCGCAAGAAAUACUACCAGCAUAUCUUUACAUCCUGCUAGGCUUCCAUUUUCUGACACCCCAACGUUCCCGCUUCUCUCGUUCUAACACCACGCUCACCAAUGGCGUUCAACACGUCCAGCCCGGGCAAGAGCUGCGCCCGAGAUCUCACCGAAGUCAACGGCAGCAGCCUCUUCCGAGACUUUGAUCCAUCCGCUUUCUCUCGUUCAGUCAAAAGUCGGGCCGCAACGUCGACUUCCCGGGGGGCGAGUGCAUGGACUCCCCAGUUUCUGCCAGCAGACCCCGCAAAUCGGGGGGGUGGCAGCAGGGGGGUGGAAGCGGCAGGGCCUCCAGCUGUGCUGGUCCCCACCACCAGCGACCAACUGGGUAACGUGCCCAAGAUGCACCUGCGGCGGCUGCUGGCAACAGCUGGCGCACAGGGGUUGGACAUUGUUUGCCAGCUGGCGGACACGGACGGGGGACCUGUCACCAACGACCUGUACCGGGAUCUGGCAAAACUCGGUGGUUUGGAUGCCGUACAAGCAGCUGCGUCUCUUCUGGGGGACGACAACUGCCUUGCCAAAGUCAACGCUACCCCCACCCGUGCAGCCCGCGGCGUCAAGCUUUCUGCAGAUGACAUUGGCCUGGGUGAUCAGGCUGCCGUCGAUGAGAGCAUCAAGAGGCUGGCUCAGCUGGGGGGCGUUGAUCUGGUUGCGAACAUGGCAACGGCCACACCUGAGAUGCGAGCAAUUGAUAAGAACCUCCGCGACCUUUCCAAAGCGAUAGGGGCGGACCUCGGGCUGCCCCCCCAGACCCGCGGCACGCCCGCCGGCGUGCCCGAUGACGUCAGACUGACGCUCCAGCAGGCCGGUUUGGGCGCCCUAUCGGACGGCGCCAGUUGGGCGCCCGGGGGAAAGGGGUCCGUGGACCGCGUGCUCGCGACGGUGGGCCCUGCUGGCGCGGAGAUCGUGCGGCUCCUCGCGGAGGAGAAGAGCGCCGUGAGCGACGCCAACAAAAACGAGGCCCUCGCCAACAUUGCGGCGCUGGGCGGGGUGGAGGGGCUGCACGCGGCCGCGAUCGCGACAGGGGACAGAGGUCUUUUCGGCGACAUCUUUGGUGGGGUCGCAAACGUCGGUCUAGGAAUCCUGCAAGGCGGUUUGACCGGCGGUCUCCCGGGCGCUCUCAUGGGGGGCGCCGGGGCAGGCGUCAACCUAGUUGGCAGCCUGAUCGGCAACCGGGACAUCGACACGGGGGACGCGGUCAGGGAGAGCAACGUCGUGCUCGCCAACCUAGUUGCCGCGGCCGGGCCCCGGGGGAUCCCCCUGGUCGCCGAACUGCAGAAGACAACCGACGACGCCAAGAUUGGGCUGGCAUACCAGCGCUUGGCGUAUCUUGCGGGCGACGCCGCCCCGAGCGCGGUCGCGGCCGCGGCGCAACUUUCCGGCGACCGCGGCCUGCUGGACAUGCUGAAAACUUCCGCCGGAAAGGCUGGCAGCUGGGCCGCCAAGACCGGGACGACGCUCGCCAAGGACGCCGCCAAGCAGGCGUUGAACGGAGCGCUCGACGCGUUCAACAGCGGGGCCACGUGGCAAGACUCGCUGCAGGCGGGCUUCGUUCGCGCCAAAAGCGAUUCCGUCGCCGGAAAAGCCGGAAGCGCGGCCGUGGACUUCGUCGGCGGCGGGUCCCGGGGGGUGGACCGCUCCCGUUCCGCUCGCGCUCCCGAUUCCGGUCCCGGAAAAGACCUCACCGACGACCAGCGGAGCGCCCUGCAGCAGCUGGAGAACCACCCCGAGAUCAGCCCGCUACUCCUGAAGCAGGCCUACGUGUUGGCGACCAGUUCCGAGUCGGAGCUCCUCCCGGGCACCCGGAGCAUGAUCCAGGGCGCGCUGAUCGGCAAAUUAGGCAUGGCGGCAGGGGAGCCCAUCGUCGAGGCGCUGGAGAACCGGGCGUACCUCGGCAACGACGACGACGCGACCGGGAAGGUCUCCCGGGCGAUCGGUGGGGGGCGGUCCACCAGCCGGAGCCUGACCGGGGGAAUGGGCACACUUACCUUUGGUUGAUAUAGAAACUCAACUUGCAAAUAAGACCUUCUCGGCUCGCCAUCACACCUUUCGGGGUUGAGCAGGGACGGGUUCUCGGAUGAGUUGCAUGAGCGCCGACAUGACAGCGGCUACCUUCGCACUAGUCGCCUUGCCCUUACAUUCAACACGUCAGUGGGCUCGCCUUUGGGAGAGUUGGUCAGAGCGCGAGAGGCGUAGGACGUCCAUUUGCGAGAGCGGUGUAGCUAAUCUUGACGUUGUUGACAUCAUCGCCAACUCCUACUCUCGACAUGAAUCACAGUUUCUGUAUGGACAACGUUUGCACGAGGUUUCAAGUUGCUCGUAUGGUAAUAAAAUUUGCAUUAGGCCCACACAGGCUCCCCAUUACAUAUUCUGGAACAUUGACCAGUUUUUGGUUGUGUUACGUAACCUGAUCGUGACUUACAUAUAGCGACUGAAGUUCAGCUUGCGGCCUUCGGGUUUACAUCACUUGAAGGCGAACUAUUAGUACGGCUUGGCCAAGUAACGACGGCUUUAGGUAACGCACACGUUUCCCGGCGCGCAUGCAAAUCUCAUGAUGU